AUGAGGAGCAAGGGUUGGCGGGGUCCUUUCGCGACCCUCAUGAAGGCGCUGUUCAUUUUGGGGGCAUUAAUGAUGUUAGUGGCCGUUCCCUUUGGCCUCAGCUUCUCCAGUCUCAGAGGGAGAGCAAAGUAUGGCCUUGCAGGCAAAAGCUCCGGUGUACGAGAGCUCCAAGUAAGACGAUUUUCAGAUCUCAAUCCAGUGGCUCAAGCAACAAGGGAACAGGCUGCAGAGGUGAUCAAGGACAUGCCAUUUACAGCAGCUCCGGGAGAUUUGAUGGGUGGCGCGCUGCAAAUCAUUGUCAUCCCCUUCUUCCUUGGUGUUUUUAUAGUCUACUUGGUGACUGUCUUCAAGCCUGACAUGAUUCUAACCGACAACCAGAUGGUGGAGUACAAGAAGGCUGAGAGGAAGUACUUUCUAGAAAAGAAAGGGGCAGUCAAAGACCCAGACGAACCGGCAGAAAUGAAUCGCGCCAGCAGACGUGCUAAAAGCCUCAAAGGAAAGAGGCAUGUGCCACUGUGGGCUCAGCGUAGCAGUUCUGAGAUCACCCUUGCCAAACGCCUUCGUUUGGAGCUGGCCAUUCGCUUGGCAGAAUGCAGAGGAGAUGUCACUGACUUUAUGACAUCUUUUGCGCUCAAGAAGUGCCUUGAUGCACGCACGGCUUUGACAUUCUUCCGGUUGCUCCGAGAUGCUGUGCGUCAAGGAGAGCAACGAUUUUCUUUGGAUGAUAUUAGCACAAGUGAGGAGAGCUGUUUGUCCACACUAGCACAGCGACGGUCUGUACAUCGGCGGAGGGCAUCAGAUGAUAGUUCUGAGGAAGGUCUGGAGGGAGGGAGAGAUUUCUCUGACUCUGAGCUUUCUGGUGAAGAGGCACCAGAGAAGGAACCACAGCUGCAGGUCACACCACAACUUGCAGAUUUGGGUGUGGAGGCCACAACCGAGGAGCUCAAGACUGAGUGGUAUCCAUCACACCUCUGGGAGACAGAAAGCUCUCAUGUGCUCCCAGGAACCCCCGGCUUCAACAGGCGAGCAACCAAUGUCCUGCGGCGAGCGGGUCUUGGCCAACCGCCAAGUCAGAAGAGCGACUCAAGACCGUUGCAACCGCACCAGGAAAUCGUUCGUUUCCUCGUGCACCCUGCAAGCCCUGUCCAACGAUUGCUGGUGGAUCACCCGACUGGAUCUGGAAAGACAAGAGAGAUGGUCAGCAUUCUUGAGAACUUCUUCUACGACCAGCGCCCCAAAAUAGCAAUUUUUCCAAAAGCCGCCAUUUGCCGGAAUUUCUACAGAGAGCUUCUCCGGUGGCCCAACCGCUACCGUGACUACUUCUGUUGCCAGCGACCGGUGGAUGCCACCCAGGCGUCGGGCGGAAUCUGGCAAAAUGCACGGCACGAGGUGUGGGAUCUGACAAGGCUCCCUGAGGAAACAGUACGACAUUUGAUCCGCUCCUUUCGGGAAGUGCUGGAGAUGAAGGGACAAUCAUUUCGAGGAUUGAUGCGCAAAUCCUUCAGAGCUGAAUUCAAGGCCAGAAAUCCUGGCGAACCAAUGCCUUUGUCACCACUGGUGGCAAUUAGCUAUGCCUCUGCCGGUGGUUCCUACGCUGCCAUGACCCAUGGCCAGCAUGGCCAGCCG